AGAGGGGGAGCGCAGCGGGGCCGGGCGCACCAGCGGGACGGCGCAGGGCCAGGGGCGCUGAGAGGACGGGGCCACUGGGUCGCCCGCGCUGGCCGCGGUGGACGCGGCCAUGGGUCGAGGGGUGCGUGUGCUGCUGCUGCUGGGCCUACUGCACUGCGCUGGGGGCAGCGAGGGCAGGAAGACCUGGCGGCGCCGGGGUCAGCAGCCGCCGCCUCCCCCGCGGACCGAGGCGGCGCCGGCGGCCGGACAGCCCGUGGAGAGCUUCCCGCUGGACUUCACGGCCGUGGAGGGCAACAUGGACAGCUUCAUGGCGCAGGUCAAGAGCCUGGCGCAGUCCCUGUACCCCUGCUCCGCGCAGCAGCUCAACGAGGACCUGCGCCUGCACCUCCUGCUCAACACCUCGGUGACCUGCAACGACGGCAGCCCCGCCGGCUACUACCUGAAGGAGUCCAGGGGCAGCCGGCGGUGGCUCCUCUUCCUGGAAGGCGGCUGGUACUGCUUCAACCGCGAGAACUGCGAGUCCAGAUACAACACCAUGCGGCGCCUCAUGAGCUCCCGGGACUGGCCGCGCACUCGUACAGGCACAGGGAUCCUGUCCUCACAGCCGGAGGAGAACCCCUACUGGUGGAACGCAAACAUGGUGUAA